CCAACAUUCCUCGAUCAUUAUGAAGAGUACACGUUAUGGAGUCAAAGCUAUGGAUUCAGUUGCUGUUUGGUCGUCGUGGUGUGGUUGGUAUAAACUUCGGCUGUGGGUUGUGGUAAUGUGGUUCGAAGUUUCGAAGUAGGUAUUUUGAGUUGUCGUAGCAAUGUUGACUACAAAGACAUUUCUAAGGAAGACUAAGAAAGGCAAUAUAUUGAAGAUUGUACGGGAACAUUACCUUCGUGAUGACAUAUGGUGUGGAUCAAGUAUCUGCAGAAAAUGUGCUCACCAGGACAAUGAAUUGAUUUUAGAGAAAAUACCACUGUCAAAGAACAAGAUAUUUCCAUUUCCUCAUUAUAUUUUGUUGGACACGUGUGUUGUUUUGAAUCAGAUCACUGUGCUGGAGGAGGAUGCACUGUGCAAUGUUAUAAUUUUACAGACUGUUUUAGAAGAGGUUAAGCAUCGAAGUUCUUCAGUUUAUAAACGAUUGAAAGACAUCAUUGGGAAUCCAAAUCGAAAAUUCUAUGUUUUUGUAAAUGAGCAUCAUAAAGAUACAUAUGUAGAGCGAGAACCAGGGGAGAAAGUUAAUGACCGCAAUGAUCGUGCUAUACGAGUAUCUGUUGCUUGGUAUGAAAGCCACCUAAUGCCAAACAAAGGAGAUCGAAAGAAAAAAGAUUAUGUGAGAGUGAUAUUACUUACAGAUGAUGCUGAGAAUAAGCAAAAAGCUGAAAAUGAUGGUCUUCUUGUUGCCACAGUUGGUGACUAUGUAAGACAUGUAGAUAAUUGCCCAGGCCUUGAAGACAGGUUGUCCCAGCAUAACACUACAUAUGAGCUUCAGGCUGGUGGCCGAGAACCUUUAUUUCCCUCACAUCUAACUCCUUCACAGAUUCAUGAAGGCAUAAAAUCAGGGAAAUUACUUCAAGGUUCAUUCUUGGCAUCUAGAGAAAACUUCCUUGAAGGACAAGUGAGUGUGGAAGGACAAGACAAAAUGGUUUUAGUGCAAGGAUGUGUGGGCCUAAACCGAGCAGUGGACGGAGACAUUGUGGCUGUAAAGUUGCUGCCAAAGGAGGAGUGGUCAGUUCCUAGUCACAUGGUACUGCAGGAUGAAGAUGAUGAUUCUGGAGAUGUACUAGAGGAGGAGGACACACUUAUAAAAAGCAGGGAGACACAAGUGGAGAAACUGCCUACAGGCCAUAUUGUAGGCAUUAUAAGAAGAAAGUGGCGACAGUACUGUGGAAUUUUGCAACAAAAUCCAAUUAAAGGGUCAGUACGUCAUAUAUUUGUGCCUGCUGAAAAAAAAAUUCCAAAAGUAAGGAUAGAGACUCGACAGGCAGAUACUUUAAGUAACCAGAGGAUUGUUGUGACCAUUGAUUCAUGGCCUCGCAAUUCUAGGUAUCCACUGGGGCAUUUUGUACGGGCUCUUGGUAAAAUUGGUGACAAAGACACUGAAAAUGAAGUUCUGCUCUUGGAACAUGAUGUUCCUCAUAGCAAAUUCUCAGAAACAGUUUUGAGUUGUCUCCCAAAGCUUCCAUGGAUUAUUUCAGAAAAGGAUGUUCAGAGCAGAGUUGAUUUACGUCAUGUGGAUAUUUGCUCUGUGGAUCCUCCAGGUUGCACUGAUAUCGAUGAUGCUCUUCAUUGCAUGGAACUAGAAAAUGGAAAUUAUGAGGUAGGUGUCCAUAUUGCUGAUGUGAGUCAUUUCAUUCGAUCUGGAACAGCAAUAGACAAGGAGGCUGCACUCAGAGCAACAACAGUUUAUUUGGUGGACAAGAGAAUCGACAUGGUACCAGAGCUACUGAGUUCAAAUUUGUGCUCUUUGCUUGGAAAUGAAGAGAGAUUUGCUUUCUCCUGUAUUUGGGAAUUGACCCAAGAAGCUGAGGUUGUCAAUACACGUUUCUGUAAGAGUAUAAUUCGAUCACGACAGGCCAUGACAUAUGAGGAAGCCCAGAUGAAGAUAGAUGAUUUAACAUUACAAGACAAUUUAUCCAAAUCUCUUAGAGGUCUGAAUUCACUUGCAAAAAUCUUAAAGAAGAGGAGAAUAGAAAAUGGAGCUUUGGUUUUGGCUUCACCAGAAAUCCGUUUUCAAGUGGACAGUGAAACACUUGAUCCAGUUGAAGUGGAAACAAAGAAGCUGCGUGAGACAAAUUCUAUGGUAGAAGAGUUCAUGUUGUUGGCCAACAUAUCUGUGGCUAAUAAGAUACUAGAGGAUUUCCCAGAGUGUGCCAUGCUACGGCGACAUCCGAAGCCUCCAUUAUCAAAUUUUGAACCUCUCGUGAAGGCAGGAAGGAAUUUGGGUUUUGAAAUCAACAUUGAAUCAGGAAAGGCUCUGGCCUUAUCACUUGAUAAUGCUGUGAGACCAGACAAUGCAUUUUUCAACACUAUGCUGCGCAUUUUGGCAACUCGCUGCAUGAUGCAAGCUGUCUAUUUUGCAAGUGGAAUGGUUCAGAGGGAUGAAUUUUUCCACUAUGGUCUUGCUGUUCCUAUCUAUACACACUUCACUUCACCCAUCAGAAGGUAUGCAGAUAUUAUUGUUCAUCGCUUGCUGGCUGUGAGUAUUGGUGCAGAUGUGACAUACCCUGAACUCCUGGACAAGAGAAAGUCUCAAACUUUGUCACAUAAUCUGAACUACAGAAAUCGCAUGGCACAGUAUGCAGGACGAGCGUCUGUUGCUCUUCAUACACAUCUGUUCUUCCGAGGCAAGGUGCAAGAUGAGCAGGGCUAUGUACUAUAUGUACGUAAGAAUGCUCUCCAGAUUCUAAUCCCCAAAUAUGGUUUGGAAGGGACAUUAUAUUUGAGCCCACACAAAGCAGAGAAGCUGAAUGUUACAUUUGUUUACAAUGAAGAGGAACAAACCCAGAAAUGUGGUGAUGUAAGUUUUCGACCAUUUGAUCCAGUUACUGUACAACUCAGUUUAGAUCAAAGUAAUUUGCAGCAUGAGAAAAUAAUUAUGAAGCUGGUUAACCCUCAGAUCCUAGGGUUUAGUGUUCCCUCGGUGGAUUCAGUAAAACGGAAAGAAAGUGAUAAAGACUUGGAAAUGGAAAUAUCAGAUGUGUCAACAUCACCUGUUCGAAAGAAAUCAUCAAAGAAGCAAAAAACAAAGUGAUUUAGUGGGCUAUGAUGAACAGCCUGUACAAUAGAUGAGGUGGUAUGUAUUUUCAUGCUAACAAAAUAAAUGUGAGUUUAUUCAGGCAAGAGAAAUUGCAUUA